CCUGAACCACCAACCCCAAACAACCACCUGUACUGACCACGCCUAAGCUCUCCUCCUUCCUCCUGACUUUCCCCUGUUACGGCCUUUCGCUUUCACCCACUCAAUCACGAUGGCCUCCUUCUUGGAAAAUGCAUACAGUCUGGUCCAUUUGGACAACACUGCAGAUCAGCCCUCGUUGCAGGAGCUGAAGCUGCAGUUGGAGAAGGGUACCGAUGAGACCAAGAUGGACACUAUGAGGCGGAUCAUCACGAUCAUGCUCAAUGGAGAUCCCAUGCCACAGCUGCUCAUGCACAUCAUUCGCUUCGUCAUGCCCUCCCGGAGCAAGUCCCUCAAGAAACUGCUUUACUUUUACUACGAAAUCUGCCCGAAGCUCGACGCCAAUGGCAAGCUCAAGCAAGAGAUGAUCUUGGUCUGUAACGGCAUUCGCAAUGAUCUCCAGCACCCCAACGAGUACAUCCGAGGCAAUACACUUCGUUUCUUGUGCAAACUCCGCGAGCCGGAACUCAUCGAACCCCUCCUCUCAUCCGCACGCUCCUGCUUGGAGCACCGCCACGCAUACGUGAGAAAGAACGCUGUUUGGGCUGUCGCUUCGAUCUUCCAGCACUCCGAAUCCCUGAUCCCGGACGCGCCAGAGCUCAUUCAGACUUUCCUCGAGACCGAGACCGACGGCACCUGCAAGCGCAAUGCGUUCGCGGCCCUUAUGUCGAUCAGCCAUCAGAAGGCAUUGGAGUACCUUUCGUCCACUUUCGACAGCAUUCCCAAUACUGAUGAGUUGCUACAAUUGGCGGAGCUUGAGUUCAUUCGUAAAGAUGCUGUGCAGAACUCUCAGAACAAGGCAAGAUAUCUGCGUUUGAUCUUUGACCUUCUGGAUGCCUCGACCAGCACUGUCAUCUAUGAAGCUGCGACCUCUCUGACGGCACUCACCAGCAACCCGGUCGCCGUGAAGGCUGCGGCAGGCAAGCUGAUCGAACUCUGCAUCAAGGAGGCCGACAACAACGUCAAGCUCAUUGUUCUUGACCGUGUUGAUCAGCUGCGCAUUCGCAACGAGGGUGUUCUGGAUGACCUCACCAUGGAAAUCCUCCGUGUCCUCUCCAGUCCCGACAUCGACGUUCGCCGUAAGGCACUCGGCAUCGCUCUGGAGAUGGUGUCAAGCAAGAAUGUUGAGGAGAUCGUUAUGCUGCUAAAGAAGGAGCUCGCGAAGACUGUUGAUGAACAAUAUGAGAAGAACAGUGAAUACCGCCAGCUGCUGAUCCAGUCGAUACACAACUGCGCCAUCCGUUUCUCGGAGAUUGCUGCAAGCGUUGUCGACCUUCUGAUGGACUUCAUCGCCGACUUCAACAACAACUCGGCCGUCGACGUGAUCUCUUUCGUGAAGGAGGUUGUAGAGAAGUUCCCCGCCCUCAGACACUCCAUCGUUGACCGGUUGGUCUCGACCUUGAGCGAAGUUCGUGCGGGCAAGGUCUACCGGGGCGUUCUAUGGGUUGUUGGUGAAUACUCUCUGGAGGAACGCGAUAUUCGCGAGGCGUGGAAGCGUAUCAGAGCAAGUCUCGGAGAAAUUCCCAUUCUCGCCUCGGAACAACGUCUCCUUGACGAGGUACCGGAAGACGCUACUUUCAAGGAUCAGCCCAAUGGUCACAGCAAACCGGCUGCUCCGACCGGAUCCCGCAAGGUGCUGGCUGACGGCACGUAUGCCACGGAGAGUGCUCUCACUAGCCAGUCGGCUGCUGCUGCCCGCCUUGAAGCUGUCAAGGCCGCACAGAAGCCUCCUCUUCGUCAAUUAAUCCUAGACGGUGACUACUAUCUGGCCACUGUCCUUUCUUCCACUCUCACCAAGUUGGUUAUGCGCCACUCGGAGGUCUCCCAGGACGCCGCCCGUACUAAUGCUCUGCGAGCAGAAGCCAUGCUCAUCAUGAUCUCCAUCAUUCGCGUGGGCCAGUCUCACUUCGUCAAGGCACCUAUUGAUGAAGACUCAGUAGAUCGCAUCAUGUGCUGUGUGCGCUCACUUGCCGAGUUCUCUGAGAAGAAGGAGUUGGAGACCACCUUCUUGGAAGACACCCGGAAAGCGUUCCGCGCCAUGGUCCAGGUUGAGGAUAAGAAGAGAGCCGCCAAGGAAGCUGUUGAGAAGGCCAAGACUGCUGUACAAGUAGAUGACGCUAUUCCGAUCCGGCAGUUUACGAAGAAGGCAGCUCUUGAAGGCGCGGAGGAAAUCGAACUGGAUCUCGCCAAGGCCACUGGCGGUGACUCGACCGUGGAGACUGUCUCCUCGAAGUUGAGCCGGGUCGUCCAGCUGACCGGCUUCUCGGAUGCUGUCUACGCUGAGGCUUACGUUACAGUUCAUCAGUUCGACAUUGUUCUGGAUGUGCUGUUGGUUAAUCAGACCCUCGAGACCCUGCAGAACCUUAGCGUCGAAUUUGCAACCCUGGGAGACCUCAAGGUUGUCGAGCGACCCACCACACACAACCUCGGACCCCGCGACUUCUUGAACGUGCAGGCUACAGUCAAGGUAUCGUCAACGGAUACUGGUGUGAUUUUCGGCAACAUUGUCUACGACGGAGCUAGCUCAACGGAAACCCACGUGGUGAUCUUGAACGACAUCCAUGCAGACAUCAUGGACUACAUCCAACCCGCGCACUGCACUGAGACUCAGUUCCGUACUAUGUGGACAGAGUUCGAGUGGGAGAACAAGGUAAACAUUAACUCUAAGGCCAAGAGCCUUCGAGAGUUCCUCAAGCAGCUCAUGGAGAGCACCAACAUGGCUUGCUUGACUCCCGAGGCCUCCCUCAAGGGCGACUGUCGUUUCCUGAGCGCCAACCUAUAUGCCCGGAGCGUAUUUGGCGAGGACGCUCUGGCGAACCUGAGCAUUGAGAAGGAGGGUGAUGAUGGACCGAUCACCGGUUUUGUGCGGAUAAGAAGUCGUUCUCAGGGACUGGCUUUGAGCCUGGGGUCUCUGAAGGGGCUCAAGGCAUCUGCGGCAUGAAUAAAGUGUUGCCUUUGACUCGUAUUUGAAUAGCCAUUACCCUGUUGUUGCUGGACCCACCGAUUUGUCUGGACUUAUGCACCUAUUCACUCUUCUGUGUUUUUCUAAUGGACGAAAUUUUGUUGAUUAUUGUGCCUCUUCCUGUUUUUUUGCCGGAUGAGAAAAGACUUUAUUAUUCAAUGAAAGAUUUCUUAGAAUCCCAACGAACACAGGAUCGGUUCAUUGUUGUCGUACUGUAGGCUGUACGUUCCAGUUCUGGGCCAAAGUAUGCCGGAUGGCGAGCUGAAACCAAUUGGUCCGAUGGCGCAGCAGUGGAGUGUUUCCAAUGAGGCGCUGGUUUGGUUCCGCAAAUGACAGGAGCGAUUCAUUCCACAAAAUUGGGGAAAUUCUGGAAUCGGAUCUGAGGAUCGUCUAGAAAUCGAAAGGUACGUACUCGUAGAACAGAGAGAGCGAGAAAGAGAGAGAGAGAGAGAGAGAGAGAGAGAGAGAG